GAUUGAUAUCUUUGAGUAGUUUAUGGCUGGUGCGUUGAAAUGUCCUGUCAAAUAAAAACUUUCUCUUAUUUUGCUGAUAUAGAUAACGUUAAACGAUUUCUGUUUCCAAACUUUCUAGAAGAUGAGUGGGACUGGCCCGAGGACGAUGUCAAUGACAAUGCGGUUGUCAACAAUGACAAAGAAUCGGCAUGGCUUCAGGAAUGUCAUGUCUCGUUGUCUCCAUUCGGGGAUGUUCUAGCCAUAGCACGUAAAUCGACGCUUGUCAUUCUCAUGUCGAAAUGGGAUACUCAAGAACAGGGCGAAGUGAAAAUGAAAUUUCAUGUUGUAUGGCAUGGAAAUCCGUGUAAGGAAGAAGAUGAAGAGAUCACUGCUGUUCUGUGCCUGCCAGUGAUAGCACCAGGGAAGAGUUCACAUGUUGCACCCGACUGGACCUGUAUAGCAGUAGGUUUUUCUACUGGGUUUUUGCGGCUUUAUAGUGAAACUGUAAAUCUACUAGCAGAAGAGCUGCUUCAUGAUGAACCAGUAACUUCAUUAAAAUGCCAGUCAUUUCAUCCUGCAAGAGGUGGCAUGGUACAAGAACAGGUGGAGGAAGUUUAUGUAGCGUACAACACUGUUAUUUGCAGUCUACCAGGAUUUGGUUUGUUCCAGUCACUAAGAGCCUGCCGUAAUCAGUUAGCACGUGUGAAAGCUAACUGUGCAGAGGUUUUAAAAGCUCCACCUCUGAUGUACAAGAAAUGGGGUUUUCAGGAGCAAGAAGUGACAGCAGACAGUGAAAUGGUGGGCAUUUCCACUGCAAAUACUUUCGAUCACUUGGUGACAGCAUCACUGUGUGGUGGCUUUGGAGCAUAUUACAGAUCUAGUGCACCCCAAACAUUGCUUGUUGUUGGAGCUGGCAAGAAACCUUUCGUUGGAUUUCAUUAUGCACUAGAAGGAGGGCCACAGCCAGUUCUAACUGACAUGGCCAAAGCUGUUGCCACCAAAUUAAAGACAGCCAUUGGACAAGCUGUGCCUUUCAGUGGAUGGUGGUCAGGUGCAAAGAAGGCAAAUGGUGCUGAGCGCCCAAAGGAUAAAGUUGCACUAGAGGCUGUGGAACCAAUGGUUUGUAGGUUUGGUCUGUGUGAUCAGAUGAGGAAUGGUGAUAAAGUUAUUAUUUCUCCAAAUAGAAGACUGUCUGUUGUAACAGACAGUCUUGGAAGAAUUGUUUUAAUAGACAAUCAUAAAGGAAUUGCACUUCGUAUGUGGAAAGGUUACCGUGAAGCCCAGUGCAGUUGGAUUGAAGUUCAAGAAGAGAUAAGACAGCGAAGCACUGGCAUACAGCCUCGUUUAGCUCUUUUCCUAGUUAUUUUUUCACCAAAGAGGGGCAGUAUUGAAAUUUGGGCAAUGGAGCAAGGUCCAAAGGUUGCCACAUUCAAAGUCAGUGCACAUGGACGGUUAUUAUAUUUAGGUCAUGGAUUUAUGGGACUCAAUAAUACUUCAAUGAAAGGUGGUAACAGAAGUCAAUUCCCAUGUGUUUUCAUUGAUUCUAGUGGCUCACUGAAUGAAAUUAUAGUUCCUUUCCACUUUGCACUCAGUGAUAAAAACAGCAGAAGAGCGCGAGAUUUGCAUCUGUUGAAAAAAUUGAAAACAUUCUUAAAAGAAGUUGAUUUUGAAGAUGACAGAUUGCUGGAAGAAGUACAAAAAACAAUGAGUGAACUGAAAACAAAUGAGAUCAGGCUGCAAGCUAUUGAAAUGCUGUCUUCUAAUAAGUAUAGCAUUCCAGAAGCUUUAGAAAUUGCUUUAAAUGAAUGCGUGGAUAAACUUUCUGUCCAAGAUCCGGAAACACUUGACCAUACAGGAAAGCUGCUCCUGCGAACCACACAAAACCUGCAGAAGUUAGUGUCUUUCUAUCAAUUUGUUAGACAACAGCAAGACAAACCUCCAUCAUAUAAUGCAGUAGUUGCCACUGAUCUGAAGACCCCACAGGAUCUGUCUGGUCUGCUCAGAGCUCCUGAACGGGAGAUGAACAGCUUACUCAGUCUGCUGGCAACAAUUGAUACAGUUGAGGGCAAAUCACCAAGAAAUUUUGAGGCAAGAGUUGGUUUCCCAGAUGAUAAGAGUGCCUUUGUGGACUUCCUAUCCAGCUUUGAAAUAAAUAAUGUUACAAAUAAUGCAGCCUCAGCAAAUAAUGUCAGUUUGAAGAAGGAUACUCCUGAGGACAAAAUUAAAAGGAUAAGCAACCUAGUGUAUCAAGGCAGCUUGUACAGUGAUGUAACAGUUGACACAUGGCGGGCAGCUGCUGCUACGAGCGGAAUAGAGCCACUUAACCUCAUGCAACUUGCACUGCAAUUCUGGUUGCAGAAACGAGAAGGUGCUGCUCUCCAGGCAGAAAUGCUGAGAUUUAUGGAUCUUUUGCAGGCAAUAUGUUCUUUGACAGAUGUGAAUCAUAUUUGUACUGAGUACAAUGAAGUAUCACCCUGGUGGCAAGAAGUACGGGCUGUGCUGACAGACUCAACAAAUCCAUUUAUGGCACUAACAGGUGCUAUAAUUUGUCGUGCUGUUGCGAUUUCACUUGAAAAAAUUAAGGAACUAGGAAACAAGAACUCUGCAAAAGAUGCUGCUGUUGCAAGUAAUAGUGUGUCUGAAGAAAUGUCACUGACACCAGAUGAUGAAAUGCGGAGCUCUGCAAGUGAAUGGGAAAAUGUGUCACGAGACAUAUGUCAGUGGUCUCUUUUAAUUGGACAACUUGAAGAUGUAGCUUUGCUUGAUGCCGUUCUUAGGCAAAAACCUCUAGUUAAUGAAGGACUGGCAGCUGCUAUGAGAAAUCCUGGAAAGGGUCUUCUAGUCUUACCCUUUACCAAACCCAUAAUUUCACUUAAUUAUGUUCUGGAAAAAGGAAAAGGCUCUAUCUCAGAACUAGUCGCCCGCUGGCUAAGCUCAGCAGGUCUGGAAGCAGCAUCGCUAGUGGAUUUGAGGGAUGCAGAAUUUGACGCACUGGAAUUACAGCAAGGUGCAGCAGCCCAAGCACCUCUAAGUGAUGAGGAUAUGCCUUCACGAAAGGAGCGACUCAUCUCUCAUCAAAUCACAGAAGGAGAUAAAGUAGAAGCUGAUCCAGGGAUGGAAGCUGCAGCCGCGGAUGAGAGGCAGCUAAGGGUACUCGAAUUCCUGGCAAUCUUAAAACACCAUUUUCCUUAUAGUUUGUCAUCAAGUAUACUCUUAGCCAAUCUUUGUUGGGAAUACAUUCUUCACUGGCAACAUAAUCCCGACAACAUGGUAGCACUUCAUUCAGCAAUACAUUGCCUUAAUAUCAUUCCAUCUGUCCACAUGAAGCAUGGAAUAUGCAGCCUUAUAUGGUCAAUGCAUCUGAAACAGAGAUUUGAGUCUGCUGCUAAGUUGAUACACAAAGCAGGAAAAAUUCCAAAAGAAACAAACUGUUAUCAGGAUGUUGGAAUAUCAGACAUUCAUAUGACAGAAUUCCUUGGAACAAGUGCUGACUUCCUGAAUCUUUUCAUGGAUGCAGUCACAGGUAGCACAGGCACUUCGUGUGUUCUGAGGAUGUUGAGAAGUGAAGAGCUGUGGCACUCUGAUGCUGGUCCCCCUCCACUGGCUCAGCUUGCUCUCUCCCAGUCGCUAGCAAACUUUGACCUUGUGCACUUACACCGGCAGCUAGCAACAGCACUGCAGAUGAUGAUGGCAUUCAGUAUGAGGCUGCCACGACCAAUUGCAACACUUUUUGACACAAUGAGCCAGGCAGCAAUGUUUACAGAUAUGAGCUCAAACCCCCAACUACCUGGGCACUCACCUAAUCCAAAGUUACUGAACAGCCGUACACAGUUCCUCCUGCGAGUCAUUUCAGCUGCUAUGCAGAUGAUACGGCCUGUUGAUGGACUGGAAGAUGCCACUUCAUCCAAGGGAGUACAGCUUGAUACCACAGCUGCUGUACAGUGGAUGAGUAAAUGCUAUUAUCUUGCUUCUGUCUGGGGUGUAUAUAGUGAUGACUUAAGGAGACAUCAAGUAUGUGAACUUUAUGCCAGUGGCUAUGAUAGACUGGCAGAAGAAAUAUUGCCUGCUGUGAAUGAUGUGGAAAAGUUAGCAUCGCAGUUGCUGCUAAUUGUAGGACAACGGCUAAGGAAGCUUCUAACAUCAUCAGAAAACUUUUGUGAUCGUCUUUCCCGUAUAAGUCCUUCAUUAUCUAUUUGGUUGGACAGUUUGAAUGGACUUUCACUCCGCUCAGUGGCAAUGUGCUCAGUGAGGGAUACAUCACAGCUGUUGGCACAGGCAGUUCAACAUAUGUCAGAUGAUCAUCCUGAGUACCAGUUAGCUCUCCACAUGGUGGACGCUAUACAUGACCUGUCAGAUGAUGUGGACCUCACCUCGUGACAGUAAUACUUCUGGAACAUAGGAAUAAUUGUAACAGCCAAUGCCAUGUUAAUGAGACUAGUGCAUUUUAUAUUUAUAGUUAGUCUUAUCUUUUCCAUCACACUUCUUGUCACUUCAUGCUGAUCUUAGUUAGCAUUGUAUCUCUUCAAGCAUCCGACUUCUCGUAUCUCAAACCCACUCAUUUACUUAUGGAUAACUUUAUAUGUUUCUUGUUAUUUCCCCUGUCUUCGUCCAUAUUCCAUAGAAGGGAUAGUUAAACAACAAUCACUGUAAAGACAAAUAUCCAAAAAUCAAUUGUCGCAUUCCUUUAGCAUUUUUAUCAUUUGACUUUUGAAUGUAUUAUUAAGCAGUAAUCGAUAACAUUCUCUCUUUCUCUCUCUCUCUC